AGAAUAAUAAUAUUAAUAAUAAUAAUAAUAAUAAGAAGAAGAAGAAGAAGAACGAAGAAGUUAUUCCUCAGCUAAUGUAAAAGUUCUCGUGUGUAUAUAUUCGUAUAUCACAUAUGGUUAUCAUUGAACUUAAAUCUUAAACAUUGUCCCGAUAUAAAAAAAAACAAAUAAUUGGCGAUGGUGGUGAGAACAAUAAAUAAGGAAUUAUUUGUAUUAAUUUCGAUUGGAAAGAACGAGACACGUUGGACCAAUGAUCAUCAUUGUAUACGACUAUUAUUACUACUACUAUUACUUCUACUAUUACGGUCCAGUUAAUAUCAACGUCGGUGGUUUAGCACCAGUGCUUUGGGUGAAAGUGGGUAGCCGGUGUAGUUCGCGGAAUACUCUCGAUUGUAUUUACGAUCGUAUACAGUUCGACACAAUAAGUAAGUAUAUACACUAACAUUUGUGAAAUAAUAUCCGAGAAAAAAGGAAGCAAGAGGUGUCAUUUUGGAAGUGCAACUUGUACCAAAGUUUUAAUAAGAAUUUAAGCGAGUUUAUCUUCGACUAUACGUGCUAGUUAUGAAUAUUUUCAUCAAUUAAUAAUAUAUUAUAGCAUGAAAAGUGAACAAGAUAUUGAUAUAAAAAAAAUACAAUCAAGAGUUAAUAGACGUACUGAAAAAAUACAGUUCCUCGAGUUCUAUUUAUUAUCGCAUGAAGGAUAAUAAAAAUAAAUAAAUAAAGAUGGAAGAACAAAGUACGAAUACGACGUCUUCGAUUCUUUUGAUGGCAAAAAUUGGUGCCAUGAUCGGUCUUGGUUUUGGAUCACUUAUAUUGGGUAUGCUACCUCUGAUAGUUGGACGAUGUAGAACGAAAUUUCAUCGUCAGAAACGAUGUCACGGCAUCUCCAUUAAUUCGAGUAACUCAACUUCGACGUCAACCUCGGCAUCGCAAACAUCCUCCUCGUUCGUCGAUAACGCAGCGAAUUCGCAAGGUCUGUUGACAUCGCUGUUACUCUGCUUUGGAGGUGGAGUUCUUCUUUUCACGACAUUCCUACAUCUAGCACCGGAGGUACGACUAAGUGUCGAGACACAUCAAUCGAAUGGUCAACUACCAACAUUAGGAACUCUAAGUUUAUCGGAACUACUGUUCUGCGGUGGAUUCUUCCUGGUAUAUUUAGUCGAGGAAGCCGUACACGCGGCAUUAACUGGGAAACCUGAGUCCUCCGAAGCUCUACUUUAUAGAACAGUAUCGGUACGUCGAUGUAACAAUCAAACUGGUGUAACAACGUCUGCAGCAAGUGGUUCGACGAUGACUGUAUCAACAACUACUAGAUCUACUUGGAAAGAUGACAGCGAGGAUGGUGAAAAAUUGGAUCGAAGAUCGAGACAUCAAUUAGAGGAUAUGUGCGGUAUUAAGAAUGAUAAAGUAUUGCCUGCCAUAUUUGUUCUUUCAUCAUCGACAGGAGGAUUAUCAACACAAAUCGGAGAUCAAAGAGACAAUGAUAGACACCAAUCAGAUCCAGAAUUAGCUGUUGCUGCUGCUGCUACAGCUUACACAUCCCAAGAACAUCAUGAACAUAAACACUCGAUCUUAACAAAAAAGUCAUCCGUCCAAGGUUUAUUAACCGUUCUGGCAUUAUCCUUUCAUGCUAUAUUCGAAGGACUUGCCGUAGGAUUGGAACCUUCCUUGAGUUCUGUCGUUUAUCUUGCUGCUGCUAUUGCUACUCAUAAAUUGGUAAUAUCAUUUUGCGUUGGUAUGGAACUUUAUGUUGCCAGUGCAUCAACCAGAACAACUUUGGGAUACUUAACAAUUUUCUCUAUGGUAACACCAAUUGGUAUCGCAGUUGGACUAGCUCUUAGUCAUUUCAAAAACGACAGCGAUACUCUAGGACCUACCCCAACUAUACUUCAAGGAAUGGCAGCUGGAACUUUACUCUAUGUUGUAUUCUUCGAAGUAUUAGCACGAGAAAAAGCUAACGAAAAGAGUGGUCUUCUACAAUUACUCGCGAUUAUUGUUGGUUUUAUGCUGAUGCUGGGUCUACAGAUUGCCACUGCCCACUCGCAUUCGCAUUCUCAUUCACAUUCGCACUCCUCCCACCAUGAACAUGAGGAUGAACAUGAAGAUGAAGCUGAUCAUCACGCUCACGAAUUUGGCGGGAAAAUGGAAAACGAGAUGGGUACACAAAGGAUAAUGGGUGAUGCUAUUGAAAAAGUUACACAAAAUAUUGUCGACGUACUUUCGAAAAAUUUGACGUCUUCAACAAUUCCGCAAACGCAACUGGAACAUUUUCAUCAUCCGCAUGAAAAUCAUUUGAACGAUACGAAAAAUACUUUAUUAUCGUUGACAAAUCAUACCGCGUGAAAGUAGACGUUUUAUCGAAGAACAUUUCAAAUGAUUCCGAUCUCUUUGAUUGAUUUUACUUCUAGAAGAAGAAUUUAAUCUUCGUUUUACUAAGAAUCAUGUGAAAGAUCAUUGAAAAAUCUUUUUAUGAUGAUUCUUUUAUGAAUAUUUUAACGAAGGAUAUUUUGAUACUACUUGUACAUUUAUGUGUGUGUUGUGUGUGUGUUGUGUGUGCCUAUGUAUAUGUGAUUAAAAAGAAUGAAAAAAGAUAGCAUACGUAAGGAUUAAAGAAAAUGCAAAGAAGAAGAAUAGAAAUAAAGUGCUCGAAGAAGUUUCUUGCCA